GUUCAAUCUAUGAAAAUGACAAUUGUAUAGUGCCCAAGGUGGAGUUUGGACUUGGCCGCUUAUCCUUAGAUCUUCAAAUAUAUCAAGAAAACGACCGGUGCUAGUCUGCUGGUUGCGCGCGAGAUAUAACUCUUUAUUCUCCCUUGAAGGGUAUCCUCGUACGCGUGUGAAUUUCUAUUAUUUAAUUUCGAGCUGCUAGUGCCAUCACUAUUAUUGCUGCAGGCACUGAUCGCUCUCAGUUCUGAUCGACUUUUUGGGACGUUCUUUCUAUUCGAGGUGUCGCGCCACCGCUGCUUCGCCUGCCUGCGGUGCGCAUACGUGAUCAAGGUUAUGUCUAGAGAGCAUACCGUAUUUUUCGGUUGUCGACAAUCUGACAUUGCCAUCGCUCCGAUGUUUAGUCUCGCGUCCAAGAGUUACUUCCUCGUCUGUUUGCGAGGAAAACAUGAGCACGACAACCUGUCCUGUAUUUGUGGUACCCAUUGAUUACACGGUCACGUACGAUCGAGUCAAGACGCGCUCGUCAUCCCAUAAGUUAUAUCUCAUUCUUUCUCUUCUUUCUUCUCUUUACUAGUUAACCUCCUUUUUAUCUGUGACACCGUGAAACAAAUUUUAACGUGUCUGUACCUGUUACAUUUUCAAGAAAUAUUCGAGUUUUAUACGAGCUUAAUAUACAUACUAUAUUGUAAGAUAUGAUGAAUGUGAACCUUGCAUCAAUGUAUCAUGAUGAUCGAAUCAGUCUUUAGUUUAGAAGAAGCUUGUAGGCAGGCCCAGGAAAUGAUAAAUCAGAUUUCAAGAUAUCAGAGAGAUGCUCAUGGACAGGGACAAGGAGCCCUGGAUAUUACUUUGGAUAAUUUAUCUAGAUCUAUGGUGAUAAGCCAUAAGAAAGAACAGAAUUAUUCAAAACAUAGUAUUCAAACUAAACUUACAAGGCUUUACUUCGAAGAACUUUCACAGGUACCCCAUGCAACUCCAGAUUCAGUUUUGAACAAUCUUGAAAGCGAAUGUGACUUACUAGGAAGAUUAGUACAAAAGGAUGGAUUGCACACAUUAAUUGUCAAUCUUUACGCUGGUAAUAAAGGGUAUUCAUUAGGUGUAAGAAAUAGUCUCAAAGGAAUUCAAUAUGAUAAAAAUGCAUCGGUGUCUGAAACUCAGCUAAUGGGUUAUGAGCAGGGUGAACUUUUAUCGUGCAUAGAUAAUGGUCAGUUACCUGCAAUGUUAGCUGAACAAUUAGAAGUAAAUCAUUCAUAUUUAUUUUAUGAUGGCUGUAUAAUUGCUGAAGUGCGAGACUAUCGCAAAGUUUACCCUCAUAACAAACCUGAAAUACAUCAUGUUCUUUUGAAGCCUAGCACCCAAAGCGUUCUUUCUGAUGUAUCUACACUCACGAGUGAUGGCGAUUGGAGUCACGAAGAGCGUUUAAUACUAGAGUCACGUAUAGUAGCGGCUACUCAAGGCCCACUAUGUCUCGAUCCUAAUCCUAUACCUAGUUUGGCAACAACUCGCUUGCGACAGUCAAAAGCGUUAUUCGCUGACCAUCAACUUGUCCGCCAGGCUAAAAAGUUUUCUCAGGUGACUGUAAAUCGUAAGAGAAAAUUGGAACAGCUGGCACAGCCGGAAGGCUUAACAAUACAAGAUUUAAUGCAAAAAUUGCGUUCAAAACGGGGUGGGUCAUCGUGUAUGAAUACUGCUUGUCCGCCACCGACUUUAUCUAUUCCUCCUCUUUUACCUCCAAAUACUCCUGUGGAUGUUUUAAGGUAUGCUAAAGCGUAUGAACAACCCCGUGAAACAAAAGACUGCCUUCCACAACUUAUCGAGGAGUAUGUCUUAGAGACCGAAAGAGGACAAGGACGUAUUUAUCAUAUAAAACUCUCCAUUCUGCAAAGACCGUCUAAUUCUGAGUAUCUAGGUGAACUAUAUGUAGAUAUUGAUUUUAGAGAGGGUGAAAAAAAGGGAUCUUCUUGCAGAUUUACUUUGGGCACACGAGCCCAAGCUAAUCAUUAUAUUCAACAAUUUACGGAAAUUUUUACGGAAGAGGGAAGAAAGAAUGUGAAAAUUCAACAUGUGGUUCCGGGACAAGCUCCGCGCGUUACAUGCACUCCAGGUAUGCAACGUGUACAUCAGCAACAACAACAGCAGCAACAACAACAACAACAACAACAACAGCAACAACAACAACAGCAGCAGUUACAACAACAACAGGUUCCAAAUGUACAGCGUGUGCACCAUCAGGUUAAAGCUCAAUUGGUUGCUCAGCAAUUACAACAGGCUCAAUCCCAACGAGUGGCACAUCAGAUUUUAUCGCGUGCACAAGGUCAGUUAAACACACUGGCAGGUGGUCAGCUGAAUGCACUCGCGGGGCAAGUGGCUAAUUCUAUAAAGGCGAUGACCGAGGUAGCUGCAUCUAGUUCUCGGCAGUCCACAAAUUUGGUCAACUGCCUGGAUAAUGUCACUCAGUCGAUACCAGGCAUUGUGCAAGCUGAGCCCGUUGCUGUUAACGUCGAACAGACGCUGACCUGCAAUGUUACCACGCCCCGUGUUGCUUGCGGGGCUGCACUCACCAGUCAGGCGUUGGACACUGCAGGAGCUAUAACCACGGCGGAUAUAUCACCCUGCAACGGUUCUGCAGGCAUAUUAGUUUUUCAACAAAAAACAGCACCUGUACCUGCUCCAACUAACAUCUCUAGUGUUCCUGUUUUACAAGCGCAAUUACAGGCAGGAACACUAAGUAAUUUAACCGAUACCAGUAACCAGAAUGACGUAACAUUACAAAGAAAUUCCACAAAUUUAGCUAUAAGUGCUUUAGCAACUUCUCUUAUGAAUUCUGCUCAGCAAUUUACGCAACAGCAGGCAGCAGCUAAUGCUGCUGCUGCUGCUGCUUCGUUGAACAAUAGUGCCGGACAAGCUGCUUCAAAAUCAAAUAAUGCUGCAAUUCUUAGUCUAUUAAAUAGUAGUCCUGCAAAUUUGACGCAACAAAAAAAUCAAUCGCGAAGGAUUUCAUUGAAUGCAGCUUCAAUACCACAGAGGGUGUUGGGUCAUGGCAACGUAAUUACUGUGCCGAGUACCACUGGUCAAGUUAGAGUAAGUUUUAGUUCGGCUUUAGCGGCCAGUCAAUUAACAAAACAACAGCCAGUUAAAGCUACAGCAGUAAGACUCGCUCGUGUUCAAGAUCCUACUUCUGCAUUAGGUUUAUCGAUGCCAGGAUUGUCAGCAUUACUCGCAGGUACACCUACAGAAGAUAAUUCGGUACCUGGAAUUACUGCUGCAUCGUCGCUGUUUGAAAGACUUACGGCAUCGUCAGCGAAUCAAAGCAAUCAAUCGACCAGUCCGAUGACUAGUCCACCGCCGACUACACCACCCACUCAAACAACUCAACAACAACAAACUGCCAACGUCAAUUUACAGGGCGUUAAUCUCGCUAGUCUACCAAAUACUAUUAAUGGACUUCAGAAUGUUCAGGUUUCCAUUCCUGGUUUAUCACAACCUAUUACGAUGUCCUUGAAUGUUUCGGCAGCAACAGGUGGUAAUGUUGUCACACCAACAGGCGUAAUUGUGUCACUACCAAUAUCAUCAGCAACUAAUACUUGUUCUACUGUUUCCAGCAUGGUACCCGCGACAGUCGUAACAACUGCUGUUGCCGGAAGCACUUCAACUGUAGUAAUAGCAAAUCCUGCCAAUGCUCAUUUAUCGUUACCAAUUGCACAAUUAAUACCUUCUGGAGUAAAAGGUUUAACUCAACAAAAUAUACGUAGUAAUAACGCUGCUGUUACCCUUUCUCAGGGAGGGCAGGCGAUACAACUCGUUGGAUCUCAAAGGUCAAGACUUGGUCAGAUAACACGUCAGGUUCAGGCUAAUCAAGGCAAAUCUUUAUCCAAUCAACUAGUGUCUGUUUCAAAAACAGUUACGGCAAAUCAACUUGUUUUAUCUCGAAAUAAGCAAAUAUUGACGCCAAUAAUGGUAGCAGCUUCUAAGCCAAUGCUAAUGGCUACCCAAACCGGUGCCUCGUCUUCUCAAUCGGCUUUAUCUACUGUCGCAAAUAAGCAGACUUUACUGUCUAAAUCGUUGCACCCAAGAUCCACAACGACUGGAGUAAUGGGACAGUGCAACUCGCAGGCGCAGGCUUUGAAUGCUGUGGCGGGUUUAUCUCAACAACAGCUUCAACAGUUACAACAGUGCCUUGCCGCGCAACACAAGGCCACCGUGGCAACGGCAAACGUUUCAACGACCGGCAGAACACAGCUUCAGCCACGGGGCAACGCUGGUGGCGAGGAUGUGCUUUGAGCUACGUCCAGGGCAACUGCCGACUUUUUUUUGCUACGCUAUCUCUUGUUUCGCCAUGUCGCACAUCGACAGGCCUCGAAGCAAAGAGAAGAGCCAUUUCACUGCAUGACCCCGAGAUUACGAAUUGCAUGACGAUAAAUGAACAUAUUUGUAUAAAGUAUUUUUGCGAAAUGAGACUCGAAAUAGUUACGUUGCCUGUAUCAUCAUAACGAUGUAGAAUGAAAAAAAUUAAGAAUUGUGUAUAUGCGGUAAAUAUUGAAUUUGACUAAACAUCAAUUUUUUGCCCCGUUCGUUAAAUCACAUUUAUUAUUUGCUCAAGAAACAGUUUCAAUUAAUGUAGAUACAAAAUAUAUACACGCGUACAUGCAUGCAUACAUCAUACAUACGUGUGCGUAUACAC